AUGUCGAUGGUAGAGUUCUUAGGUUGCUUCUUGAUCACCAUUGGUCCGGUUCUCGUUUUGUUCUUCAUGACCAUCGCACAUGACCCCAUCCUCGUCAUCCUCUGCAUCGCAAGGCUGGCCAAUUUUGCAUUUUUCUGGAUGUUAUCGUUGCUGGUCUCCUCAGCGUGGUGGUUGUUCUUCGACGUCAUCAUCUUCAAGACCAAGUCAGUCGUCGGGUUCGGUGUGGUGUUUGCUGUCCUCUUCCAGGAGAUGUUCAGAUUCCUGCUCUUCAAACUCAUGAAAAAAGCUGAACACGGCCUAAAGACAGUGUGGCGUUCAGACAGUUUGUUCGUCAAUGACAAUCAGCUAGCUUACGUUGCAGGAUUAGGUUUCGGCUCCAUACAUUGCAUCUUCAACAUGGUCAACCUGCUGGCCGCCAUGUUCGGUCCGGGGACUGCCGGCCUCAGAGGACAUUCCUACGACUUUUUCAUUACUUCCUCAUUCCUUAGCCUGGGGUUCCUCCUACUGAAUAUCUUAUGGGGUAUCAUCUUCUUCCACGGCUUUAGGUGGGGUCUCUACCACCAGCCUGUCAUCGUCCUCAUCUCCCACUUCAUGGUUUCGGCCUGUAGCAUCCUAUCCUUUCAGUUUGGAGUAGCUUGGAGUAUUAUGCUAACGCUAGCAAUGGUAAUCAGCAUGGCGUUCUACACCUACAAGGUUCUUGGUGGCUCGUGGCAGCUGCUGAAGCGCUCCUUCAAGUUCACCGAGGCUUUCUGGUAUCCCAGUUCGUCGUCGUCGUCUACAGCGGCUCAACCUGAAGAUAAGGCCGAGUGAUUGUUUGGGUGGAGGUGGAUUUGCGGAAAUGUGGCCAAAAUGUUUGGUUGGCUGAUCGGUUGCUGGGCUUGUUGAAUGAUCGAAUCGUUGACUGGUUUGUGGAAUGAUCGAAUGGCAUUUGAUGAGUUGGUUUGUUUGUUUUUGAUUGGCUGUGGUUGGUUGAAUGAUUGAUUGUGUCGUUGAUAGGCUGGUUAGAUUGUUAAUUAGCUGUUAGUUAUCAUGAUAUGAUUUGCUGGCUGUUUGAGUAGAUGAUUUAGUUUUCUUUUGGUAAGUUUGUUUGAUGUUAUUGGAUGAUUAGCUUGGUGAGCUUGUGUUAUAUUGGCUGGUCAGAAAGUUGUGGAUGUCAUAUCUGUAUAUUUUGAUGUAUUGCUUGAUUAUCACUAUUUCGGUAAUUUUUUAGGAAAAGAUUGAAAGAUUGAUUGAAUGAAUGAUUGAAUUAGUGAUUGAUUAAAUUAGUGAUUGAUUGAAUUAAUGAUUAAUUUAUUAACUGACUGCUUGCUUGAUUGAAUAAUUGAUUUGUUGUGGCGUGAGUUAUUUACUGUAUUUUGACCUGUAAUGAUAUUAUUAUUUUGUAAUUUAAUUUAAUAAUUUAAUUUAAUAAUUUGACUGAUUGAUUGAUUGAUUGAUUGAUUGAUUGAUUGAUUGAUUGAUUGAUUGAUUGAUACGACAUGGGUGUGAACUUGUUUGUUUGUUUCAUAGCGUUUUAUGUUGAAUAUUUAGUUACUCUUUGUGUGGCGUGUCUAUGUGUCUUUAGUUUUGACGACAUGUGUGUUUUGUGUUGCGAUCACUUAAUGUAUUGUAUGUUGCUCUCUCUAUUGGACGUCUAACCCUCUGUUUGUAUACAUAUUCGUACACAUAAACACGUGUAAUGCAUACGUAAUGUGUUUAUCUUGUAAUUUGGUUCUACUUUUUUCGUUUUGUCUUUUACAGUUUUGUAUGUCGGUUAUUUUGAUAGUUUGUUCGUUAUAUUUCAAGAAUUAAUCUUUUUAAAUGUUUAUUUAAUAUUUUUAUGUUUUUUUCUCAUUUAAAUUGAAAACGUUUUGAAAUGUUAUAUAAAUUUUUUUUAUUGUUA